AUGGUGUUCUUCAAGUACGGCUUCAUCUUCCUCGCCGGCGCGGCCUUCGGCACCGCCAUGGCGCACCGCGGAUGGCACCACCGUCACGGCCAUUGCUGGCGCCGUAACGGUGGCGACCGAGGCCGCUGGCACGAGCAGGAGCCCGCCGCGCAGGCGAGCUACGACGACGAGUACCACCAGCAGGAGAGGAGGGGUGCUUACUACUACGGUCGCCCGGACGACACCGCGGACAACAGGGACACGGAGGAAAGGGAGUACCGCCGUUCCGUGAAGAACAAGAAGUCGUCGGCGGGUGCUGCUGCUGCUGCCACUUCUGAUUAUUAA